AUGGUGUCUUCUCGGGAAUGGGAGAAUUGCACAUCGUCAAUGGAGUUUGUCCUGCUGGGAAUGGGGAAUUUGCCCUCGCUCCAGACACCACUCUUCGUCCUCUUGUUUAUGACCUACUUGGUAACGAUGGUUGGGAACAUCCUCAUUGUUGCGUUGGUGGUGGCAGACUGGCACCUGCACACCCCCAUGUACUUUUUCCUCAGCAAUCUCUCCUCGUUGGAGAUCUGCUACAGCUCCACGAUCCUGCCCCAGCUGCUGGCCAGCUUCCUGACUGGGGCCAGGACCAUCUCUGCUCAGGGCUGUAUUGUACAAUUCUAUUUUUUUGCCUCUUUUGUGGUUACCGAGUCUUAUCUGCUGGCAGUUAUGUCCUACGAUCGGUACUUGGCCAUAUGCCAGCCCCUGCUCUAUGCAAGCAUCAUGACCUGGAAGGUCUCUCUACAGCUGGCAGCAGCGUCUUGGCUAGUGGGAUUGCUAAUCUCCACAGUAGUCAUUUCUUUCAUAUCUGAGUUGAAGUUCUGUGGCCCCAAUGCAAUUAAUCACUUCUUCUGUGAUUUUAAACCAUUGCUGGAGCUUGCCUGCAGUGACACCCGGGUGGUUACAAUAGUAACUUUCUUCCUAUCUUUCCUGGAUUUAGUCUUCCCUUUCCUGUUCACAGUGGCCUCCUACAUGUGCAUCAUAGCUGCCAUCCUGAGGAUCCCGUCCAGCGUGGGCAGGCAGAAGGCCUUCUCCACCUGCUCCUCCCACCUCACUGUUGUCAAUGUUUUCUAUGGCACCCUCAUCAUUGUCUACAUGCUGCCCAGAACCCCCCAGCUGAGGCAGCUCAACAAAGUGUUCUCCUUUUCCUACACCGUCCUCACACCCCUGGUCAAUCCCCUCAUCUACAGCCUGCGGAACAGGGAGGUCAGGGAGGCCCUGAGAAAUGCACUCAGCAGAAAAGCAGGUUUCCUUGAGCAGAAAGUACUGGAUGUCAUUUACCAUGAUUCUAGCAAGGUGUUGGACACUGUCUCCACGAGUAUUCUUGAAUACAAGUUCAUCAGAGACCUGGAGGAUGCAACUCUCAUCACGUGUGUAGAUGACACUUAA